AUGAAACAGUGUGAUCGUGGUCUGUCUCCUCUCGCCCCACCUUUCGCCAUUGCUUCUUCCUCGUUAUCUUCUUUCGCUGCUUCUGAAUCCGAUCCCGAAGAUUCCUUCUGGCGUGAUUUCACUUUCGAUUUCUCCUUCUUGACAUCCGACGAACAGAAGAAUGGUACCGAUGAUGGUGACGACGUUGAUUCUCUACCAAAAUUGUCACGCCGUCCGGAUUCGAAUACUGUUCCUCAAGCUGAAGAAUCAGAGCUAUACGGUUUAGCUGCUAAUGCAAGAACUGUGAGAAACCUGGAAAUAAGGAAGCGUGUGGAUUCUUCUCAGCCUUCAUCUUCAUUAGCUGCUGUUUCCACAAAUCAUUUUGAUUCAAAUGUUGCUAAUGAUGGAGCAGAAGGACGGUUGGGCAAAGAAGCUUGUUCUGGGAAAUUUCUGGUUAGCAAAGAUAUCAGUGAAAGCAAUAUUAGUCCACUUUUCUCAAAAAUGUUGAAAUGUUCUUUACCUUCUGAUCAAGAUGACGUUGAGGUGGAUUCUCCUUGCUGGAGAGGAACAAGGUCUUCGAGUUUCAGGCGUUGUACCGAUGAUGUAAAUGUUCUCUACGGAUUGAAUCCUUUGGCACCUCAGUUUAUACCAUCUAGUGCUAAGAUGAAGCUAGACAAGAACGAGACGGAGUUUGAAGAAAACGGUUCUUCGUCUUUGAAAAGGUCUUUGUCUUCAACUUUUCCACCAUCCUCGGGAGAGUUCGGUUUCACCGAUUCUUCUGGAGCUGGGAUUGAACAAGAUUAUAGCCAAAGGAAUAAUAGAACAGAGUUCGUGAUUCAUGAUGCAGAUGAAAGUUUGGGUUUAGUGUCUCAAGAUAGUGUUUCCGAGGCUAUGAGCAUGUUGGAUAUUAGCUAUCAGUUCCAAACGCCUAAAAAGCUUGAUCCUUUGGCCCCUGUCUUCGUUCCUGCUAAUGCAAAACUAAGUGCCGUCGUCCAUGCAGAUCACAUGAUAGCUAUUGAGAGAAAUGCUGACUCAACUUAUGCUUUAAGUUCUUCAGAUGAUAUGUUGCUAGAGAAUCUAAAGGUUGAAACACAUUCUUCAGAGGUCAGCCACAGUUUAAGGAAUCUAUACUCUAGUAAUGUUCAUGAAUCUGGAGCAACAUAUUCAUUCAACACUCCUGGAUCUCAAGUUCAGAUAUCUGAUAAUGCGAAACUGGAUAGUUCCAGUAACAAGUCUCGUGGUCAGAAGAAGCUAAAUCCUCUGGCUCGUCAGUUCUCGCUAGCAGAUACUAAACAAAAAGUAUAUGGCGGUGAGGAAAAUCAAGCUGUGAAUGGUUUACCGCCAAUGGUGAAUAGUUCCGUUUUGUUAUCUCCAAUUGGCUACAGGAACCACAAAGAGUCAUCUUUUAAUGAAGUUGAUACAAAGCAGAUGGGACGUCUCCAUCCCAACAUAUUACGUGGAAGUUCUUCUAAACCUACAAAGGAACCGUUCCAUAUCUUAGAAACUAGCUCAUCUUCGAACCAUGUCAAAGCUUCAUCUGACUUUGGCGAUAGACAUGGCUGUUCCACGUCAUCACCAUCUUCAGAAAUGGAUGUCAAGAAAAUCCUUACGACGAUACAUGGGCUCUCAGAGCUGCUAACGCAUGUACAUGGUUCAGAAACUUCAGAUCCACCAAAUGAGCAAGAUCUUGAUCUCAUCAACUGUACUGUGCAGAAUCUCAACUCAUACAUCAAUAACAGAGUUCAGGAGCAUACUGGGAAUUAUGCAAGCGCCGUAGACACUUCAUGUGAUUUCAAUCCGUUGCAUAAUAAUAUGCGUAAGCUAUCGAUAAGAGACCAUCAGCUACAAAGGGCGCAAAAUAUGGCUCUCAACGCUGAUGUUCAAAGAAAAGAGUACUCCAUGGUCUCAGGGAAUAUGGAGCCUAUGGUUCCAGUUUCUCAUUUUGAAUUUGGUGCGACUCAAGAAAAUGGCUUUGCCAAGGUUACAGGGAAUUAUCAAACAGAAGAGCAAAUCAAUCCACGUGCCUUGUUUUAUAGAAGCUUAUGGCUCAAGGCUAAAGCAGAUAGGUUAGCACGUAGAAAUCUCAAAGAACAGCCUCAGAAUUGA